AUACAAACUCGGUUAAAGUUACAUGCAGAUUAUCAUCGGUGGGUCGUUAUGAUGCAGAGAUAGUAUUACCGCUCAUGCACCGGCUUCAUUACGUUUCCAAGCUUUAACAAGUUCAUUUCCAAGGCUUGUUCACUCGACAAAUGUUAGAUUAGCAAACUCAAGUUGUCUUUGCAGACUUAUUAGUCCUCUCGUAUAUUGGCAAGGAGUUGGAACAAUGGAUGUUGUUUAAUAGUGUAUAGUGUUCAAGCGAUGUGAUUGUUCGUUAUUUCUUCAAGGAUCUUUUGGCCUCACAUCGGCGUCGUUUGAAACAGAAACACGCGGUGAAGUCUCAUCUUAUUGGAAACAUGAACAUGUCGUGUUCAAUCCAGAAUACAAUCGAAAGGCGAAACGCUCUCUUUUUAAGGAACAAGAUUUAAGAAGAACUUUAACUUGAUUUAAAGAGACAGUUUGAUUGUUGUCUUAAAGAACAGACACAUAUUUGUUAUCUCUCAUGUCUUUAACUACUGCAUGAAGUUGGAUGUUAAAGAACAUAUUCUACGGGUGCGCCUAAUAUAUUAUUCCUCUGUCACACUUGCAAACAGCUUCCAAACCGAUCGACCAUCUACAAAGCCUUGUCCAUUCGGUGAAAUGUAAUUUGUGUUCGGUCAGUUGUUGAUGUAGGUGUCGGUCUCAUCAGCGUGACUGAGGUAGGGCAGCAGCCGAUUCAGUGAUUGCAUUUCAAGAGGAAAGACUCAUCCAGUGAAUUGAAUUUACCAGGAAGGCUCCGUUAUCUCUUCUUCUGUUUCAAACAACGACCUUAUAUCUGUAUAUUAGAUCAGAAAAAAUGGAACCGCCCCCGUUGUAAACCUGAAAGGAAAAUACCAAGACCUUAUUGUGCCUUCACGCUACUACUAAUGAAAUCAGUCAUCAUAUUUCCGUAUCAUCGGCGCGCAUCGGGAUUGCUACUGGAUACUUUGCGUUGGAGGUGAUUAAACCAAACUUCCACGGACAUACUUAAAGGGUGGAUAUUCCCUUUAAAAUGACAAAACGCGGCGGACCAAUCUCCGAGCUGAUCUGGGAUCCGUACUCGGUCAGAGGGCCCGAGGUCAAGUCGAUCACGGGUGCGAUGACCAAGGUCCAGUGCAGCAGCGUGAUCUUCGUUCUCUUCACCGUCAUCGCCAUCUUAGGUUUGUUUCUCAUUCUUAUCAUGAUGUCGAACUCCGGAUGGACAACGGCGGACUUCCAGCUGCAGAGCUCAUACGAGCAACGUAUGCUAAAGUUCGAAAAUGUACGUCUAUCGCUUGAGGCGAGUGAGAAUAAACUGAAGAAAGUGGAGGAUGAGAAGAAGAAUGUCUUGAACAAGCUGGAGCUGGUCUCCAAGAAGUUCUUGGACACGAGGAUAGAGUUUGAAAAGGCCAGCAAGACUGCCAAACGCACCAAGACAGAGAUGGACGACCGUCUGCACCAUGCCCUGACCGAGGGAUCGAAAGUACUGGCAAGCUACCAUAAUACAAAAUCACGCGCAGAUGAGUUGGAGGAGACGCUUCGAGAGGUGAGAGGUGAGAGAAGACUGGUCCAGACGGAGAACGAAGCCCUGGCCGUCAAGCUGGGGAGGGCUAUAGAGAAGGGCGAAGCAGCAGAAGAUGAGAUUAAUAAGCUCAAGGCGUACUACGGUAUACAAUCCGACACACCUAGAGGAAUUUUAGUACCUCAAGCUCAUACUGCUCCAGUUCCAAAGAGAAAGGUUAUCAAGGCAGAGGUAGAUCCUAUUCAAAUCAUUCCUGAAGAGGAGUUGAGGACAGUACGCGAAGAAAUGCACCGAGGACAUGGCCAUCGAAAGUUACCCUCGAACGUUUUACCGAGGACAAGGGAAAAGAGUGUCUUUGAAACUGUUCUUGUGUCACCACCUACUCACCAGGAGCAUGUCCAAGCUACGAACCGUGAUGAAGUCUGAUCAUUGCCUAAUGAAUUAAAGGUUAAUGAUUUUCCCUGGACACCCUAUGAGUGAACAAGGAGUCUCACCCUGGUAUAUAACGUAGACUUUCGACAAUGUUGUCUUUGAAAUUGCUCUUGUAUCACCCCUUCAUAAGGCAUAUGUUCAGGCUGCAAUUCAUGAUGAAGGCUCACCAUUAUCCUGUGGUUCUUUGAAUCACUGAGGACGUACAUACCAAAGACUAAUUUAA